AGUCUUUCUGACCCCGGCCCACGGCAUACUUACAAAACUUAUCUGGUCUACUAUUGCUAACAUCAACAUCUGUCGGUGUGUUAGCAUUAUUCCAGCUGCGAUUGCAAAGAAUUCGUUUCGGAAAGUUCAGACUCCUGCCAACACCGACGAUCACAACAGUGUCCUGUCAAGUGAGUGCACCUGUCUGUGUGCACUGUAGUCUCAGCGCCUGUGCUACAGAAGCCAGUGGUAGUGCGGACUCACACUCACGAUGACCACCUCUACGUUGUCUUCGCUGCUUGUGGGGCUGCUGGCCGUCGUUGUCGCUGUCGUUAUGGCGUCGGUGAUUCCGGUGGAGAAAAAUGCAGAGCGUGAGGCGAGAGCAGCUGAUUGUCAUGUGGACGGAAGAUUCAUACCUGACGGCCACAACUUCACGCGAUUCACGACGGGACCCUGCGUUGUGUUCAAAUGUAAUGCUGGGGUAAUCCUCCCUUUGAAGAGCGGGUGUUACAGGAACGGCCAGUGCUAUCCUGUAGGAGACAAAUACACCCUGGGAUGUCUCGAACGCACGUGCAAUACCACCAACGGCAUCGCCGACUAUGAGCUCACCAAGGAAGGUUGUCUCGCAUACGACGGCCUGACGUGCGUCAACGUCGGCACCACGUGGACAAGCGAAUGCAUCACGUACCACUGUAGCCGCAUCGUGCACUCCGAGUUCUCCAUCUCCUACCACAUGGAGCCAGUUGCUUGGGGAUGUCACCUGGGCGAAGUGUGCGUGCCAGAGAACCACACCAUCACUGAGGAUUGUCGUGUAGAGCAAUGUCAACGACACUUCUCGUCCAUAGGAUUCUACACUCUGAAGUUGGGUUGUCCUCUCAGUGGAGAGUGUCUGGAAAUCGGACAGUCUAAGACCAUAGACUGCACCACCCUCACCUGCCAGCGGGAAGACUUUGAAGGCAUCCACUACCUGUCCAUCAGACCCACUAAGAUACAAUGUCAGGAUGCUGACAAGAGGUGUCACGACAGUGGGUCCUACUUCCCUGUAGAAACCAACGGUAGGCGCCUGAACUGCACGUGCUUUGUUCACGAGGGUUUCUUGGGUUCAACCUACUCCUGUCCUCUACAGUAGGAUCCGUUUUGUGCAGGAAGGAUAACUGCUGGAAAACUUACAACCAGUGCUCCUAACAGGAGUAGCUUCCCUUGAAUCGACACUUGCCUUGCGGAAAAGAUAAAAUUGACAUUCGACAGUCAUGGCCAGCCACCGAGUUUUAAAUGACCAUAGGCGCCAUUUGUCCACAUUGAUUUUAUGCACACAUUGUAGGCGAAAAAAAGCUAAAACCUUUUUUUCUUCUUUGUUUUAAUCUCUAACGUAUGAUAAAUUAUAUUGUGCAUUAAAAUGCCAGCAGACAGCUUCAA